AUGAUAACUCACACUUCCGGUAAUGAUGCUUUACACUUCCGGCAACAAUCUCUCACACUUCGGAGCUUGUUAAUUAUCUAUCUAUCUAUCUAUCUGGCCAGAUUGCUAAAGGCACCUUUCGUUUCUAACAAUAAGAUAAAAUUUUUCUUUCUUUCUUUCUUUCUUUCUUUCUUUCUUUCUUUCUUUCUUGAUCUAUCUAUCUAUCUAUCUAUCUAUCUAUCUAUCUAUCUAUCUAUCUAUCUAUCUAUCCCAGUUUGUUCAUUAUCUAUCUAUCUAUACCAGUCUGUUCAUUAUCUAUCUAUCUAUCUAUCUAUCUAUCUAUCUAUCUAUCUAUCUAUCCCAAUCUGUUCAUUAUCUAUCUAUCUAUCUAUCAUAUCUAUCUAUCUAUCUAUCCUAUCUGUUCAUUAUCCAUCCAUCAUCUAUCCAUCCAUCUAUCUAUCUAUCCAUCCAUCCAUCUAUCUAUCUCAGUCUGUUCAUUAUCUCCAUUCAUCUAUCCAUCUAUCUAUCUAUCUAUCUAUCUAUCUCAGUCUCAUUAUCUUCAUCUAUCUAUUAUCUAUCUAUCUAUCUAUUCAUCUAUCUAUUCAUCUAUCCCAGUCUGUUCAUUAUAUAUCCAUCCAUCUAUCUAUCUAUUCAUUCAUUAUCUAUCUAUCUAUCUAUCUAUCUAUCUAUCUAUCUAUUAUUAAGCUGUUAACAUAUUUUUCUUACCCAGGUAUUUAUAUUGUUGUAUUUAUGGUAUAG